CAGUUCUGUUUUGUUGUGUAUUUUAUUGGUGUAUUCUAUUGUUCAACCUAAGUGGGAGAGUGUUUGACAAGAUGGAUCGUUGGAGAACAUGAGUUCACUUUAAUCUAUUGAUCAGAAGCCUGGUUCGAAAAAAAACGAUAUCAUUCUGUCCUUUCCAAUUUUGAAGAAAAACACAAAGCCUACUAAUGCCUCCUCUCUCUAUCGACAUUCUGGUGAAACGAUGAUAGAUUUACAGCAAGUGCUUUCAUUUUUCAGCUGUUUCAGGUAUCUGCUAAACAGAUUGUUGCGUUGAUUUCUGGGAAGACAGAUGGUGGUGUGCAUGCUUCAGGACAACUGAAGGAAUGAAGGAUUGUUCAGCUCAGUAGAUCAAAUUUGCUAUAGGCCUUGGCUACAUUUGCGCUGCGUGUGGGUGUCUAGACUCUCACUAUCAUUUUUUUUUUUGUAGCAGCUUUGUUUUUCUCUGGCUAUAGUUGAAAGUAGAUGAAAUACCACAAGUUGCUUAAAAUGGGACAGCUUUUUAAUCUGCUCAAAUGUAAGACAAAAAUCUGCCUUUUCUUAUUAUCUCUUGUAGAGCCCCCAUCCUUUCCGAUACCAAAAAUCUAAAGCACCAAGGGUAAAUCAGACUCAUUUGUGCUUUCAUCGAUUGGAUCAAUUCUAUCUUGGACUUUGUGGUUUAUUCAUCUUCACAUAUUUAGACACAUGCGCACACCACAGUCUCUGGACUUUUUUCAAGGUCCCAUGCAGCGCCUGUAGCACCACCCUGUAGCCUUUGGCCUUCCAAGCGAUCAUUAUUUUCCGUGAUUGACACUUUGGGAUGGUGUGCAUUUCAUUGAUGAGAAUUUUAGAGCCCUGCGGCUUGUGAUCCUUGAGCCAUCGUCGAACCCAACAAAACUAACCAGCCAUCCCGGGAAUCCGCAGACACUGACCUGGACAGGCAAGAAGCUGCAGGAUUCAUCAAUACUUGGCUAGGACUCCAUCACAACUCAUGACCGGCAUCUUCAUCUCAAUCCUGGUUAGAGAUCGCUGAACUUCUGACUUCUUCUUCUGCAGCAGCAGCAGCAGCAGCAGCAGCAGCAGCACCGGACAUCACAAGGAACCUCUGCAGCAACCUUCUGGGCUGGUAAACUUUGAAAGACAUGAAGAUACUCGGCCAUGUGACCUUCUUCCUUCUGCUCGGGGGAAUCUUUGCUCAGAGCAGCCGUAAUGCUAAAGUGAGUGGGAAAUCCGCCAAGAGAGGUGGUGGUGGGGCCCAAGCAGGUGACACUGGCCAGUCCACCCCGUCGGCCGAUGCUUCUCAAGGGAGCAGCAGAAGCUCCGGGAGAUCAGCUGACUCGAGACAGGACAGCACUGCAGGAAGUCGUACAACUGGACAACAGACGGACGAGAUGAGGCUGCAGUUCCUAAGGAGCGCCCAGGUGACAUGCAAUGACGGAUCAGCAGCUGGGUUCUACCUAAAAGAGUUCAGAGGAAGCCGCAGAUGGCUGUUAUUUCUGGAAGGUGGCUGGUGCUGCUACAGCAAAGAGACCUGUGAUUCCAGGUACCAAAAUAUCCCCCGCCUAAUGAGCUCAUCAGGGUGGCCCCAAACUAAAAGAGGGACUGGAAUAUUAUCGCCCAGCGCAGAGGAAAACCCCCACUGGCAUAAUGCAAAUCUUGUAUUCAUCCCAUACUGUUCCAGCGACGUAUGGAGUGGCACAGGCCCAGCUCCAACCCCCGCUCCAAGAACAAGACAAGGAAAAGAUAAAGUGAAAGACAGGAACACAAAUGCAACUGAGUAUUCUUUCAUGGGAUCCCUUAUCAUCCGGGAGGUCAUCAAAGACCUCAUUCCCAAAGGAAUCAAGCAGGCCAAGGUUGUCAUGCUGGCUGGCACCAGUGCUGGCGCGACAGGUGUUUUGCUCAACAUUGAGAGGGUUGCCAGCCAGCUGGAGCAGCUAGGUACCGAGGCUCAGGUGCGCGGCCUGGUGGAUUCUGGAUGGUUUCUGGAGAGUAAGCAGCAGCGGUCCCCCAACUGCCCAGCGACUGUUUCCUGCACACCUGAAGAUGCUAUCAAGAUAGGACUCAGGAUGUGGAAUGGGGUUGUUCCGGAAAGGUGUCGGCAGCUCUACAAGAGAGGGGAGGAAUGGCAGUGCUUCUUUGGUCAUAGACUAUACUCCACUUUGACCUCUCCACUCUUCAUCAUGCAGUGGCUGUUUGAUGAGGAGCAGCUGAGAGUGGAAAACAUCUACAUGGGCGGUCAGAGUCUGUCUGAGGAACAGUGGCAGUACAUCCAGAAUCUGGGCUUAGAAAUCAAAAACUCCCUGACAGAUGUGACGGCUGUAUUUGCUCCAUCUUGCCUCUCACACACUGUCAUCACCAAAAGCAACUGGAUGAGUUUCCAGGUUAAAGGCACAUCUUUGCCACGGGCUCUCCACUGCUGGGACAGAAGCCUGGAGGCAAUUCGCAACAACAGAACCCCAUCUAAAGGCUGCCCUUUCCACCUGGUGGACACCUGCCAGUGGCCUCAGUGUAACCCCACCUGUCCAGCUUUGGUGGACCAGGCCACCCAGCAGGAGCUUACUUUGCUCCAGAUGCUGGUCGCCAUGGGCCUUGACCCACAAAGGCUCGGCCUGGAUCCCGAGGGAGAGGGAGAUUCUCUGGUCAGCAUGGCCAAUAACGGUGGCUAAGUGGAAAAAAACUGAAAGGAAGACAAUUUUAAUGAAACAGAAAAGUGUUUGAAAUUUAAUGUAACCGUAGAAAUGCUUUUACAAAUCUGGUUACGAUAGGCUGUCCUGUUUAGCAUUCCAUAAUGCUCCACUUCUGUGACUCGGCUGGUUGGUAUGUUGCAGCAUCUGGGUUUGUGUUGUUUACUGGGCCCUCUACUGGUCACAAGAGGGAAGAGCUUAGCAUCAAAAGUAUUUCAGCUAUCCAGGUCUCAGUGGUUUGACCUUUUCCAGAUGUCUGGGCAUAACCUAAAACACACGUUCAUCCUAAGCAGUCUAACAUCCAGCAUCAUAGUACGAGCCUGUUAGUAGAGUUUUAACACACAAAUGUUCACAUCAAUGUCUGGGGCACAGAUGAUAUACACUUUCAUCAGAUCGAAAAUACAAAUAAAUCUAAUAAUGCAAUCCAGCAAACUGUUCACACACACACAAAAAUGGAAAACACCAUAAACUUUUGUGCACAAGGAGUCUGCUGAUUUUUGAUUGGCUUUGUUUGAUUAUUUUUAGCAACUGAUGUGAUACUAACUUAUUUAUAUAUACUUUUAUGUUUAUGUGUUCUAUGCAUGCCAAAAUAAGUGUUAUGAGUUACUGAUGUGUUUUCUUUGAAGUCACUGAUCUUCUAUAUUUAAUCAUUCAGUUUAUUCUAAUCUGUGAAGUAAGCGCAAUUUUUAACAUGUUGACGCUGUGGUGAUUCACCGCGCAGUUGUUAUGACUCAUUUUGCUGUCAUGCAAAUUACUAACUAUGACCUUCCUGUCAAUAAUUGCUGUCAAACAUAUCCUAUGAUGUUUCUCUUUUUUCAUUUCAUUUAUGGACAGAUGGUUUAUUUCCAAGUCACUGCUUUAGUAAAGUCAACUGAUGUACAUGUUGAAAUAAAAAAUAUAAUUUGAA